GCCGAGAAGGAUGCAUCAGAAGCUGCUGAAGAGCGCGCAUUACAUCGAGCUGGGCAGCUACCAGUACUGGCCCGUCCUGGUGCCUCGCGGCAUCCGCCUCUACACCUACGAGCAGAUUCCCGUGUCCCUCAAGGACAACCCGUACAUCACCGAUGGCUACCGGGCCUACCUGCCUUCCAGGCUGUGUAUCAAAAGUUUGUUUAUUUUAUCUAAUGAGACAGUAAACAUCUGGAGUCAUUUGCUGGGUUUCUUUCUCUUCUUCACGCUGGGAAUAUAUGACAUGACAUCUGUGUUACCUUCAGCAAGUGCGUCCAGAGAAGAUUUUGUAAUUUGUUCUAUUUGUCUGUUCUGCUUCCAGGUCUGUAUGCUUUGCUCUGUGGGCUAUCAUCUUUUUUCCUGCCAUCGAUCAGAAAAAACCUGUCGAAGAUGGAUGGCAUUAGAUUAUGCAGGAAUUUCUAUUGGAAUACUGGGCUGUUAUGUCUCUGGAGUAUUUUAUGCAUUUUAUUGUAAUAAUUAUUGGCGUCAAGUGUACUUGAUCACAGUGCUUGCAAUGAUCCUGGCAGUGUUCUUUGCGCAGAUUCAUCCCAGUUACCUCACACAGCAGUGGCAGAGGCUCCGUUCCAUCAUCUUUUGCUCUGUGUCCGGAUAUGGAGUGAUCCCUACUCUUCACUGGGUUUGGCUCAAUGGAGGAAUCGGUGCUCCUAUUGUACAGGACUUCGCACCGCGUGUGAUUGUGAUGUAUGUGAUUGCUCUUCUUGCUUUCCUAUUCUACAUUUCCAAAGUUCCAGAAAGGUACUUUCCAGGACAACUAAACUACCUCGGGUCAAGCCACCAAAUAUGGCACAUCCUUGCAGUAGUGAUGUUAUAUUGGUGGCACCAGUCCACAGUGUACGUCAUGCAGUACAGACAUAGCGAGCCCUGUCCUGACUAUGUUUCACAUUUGUGAACUCAGGUAUGGCCGCCUGAUGUAUUCACUUGUAAGCAAUAUAUAACGGGGAGUUGUAUGCCCCACUAUUUCUAAGAUUCCCACGGGUUUUUCCUCUUCCCUCUGGUUUAAUACAUCAUGAGUAAUACUUUAUAAAAAUGGGAAAAUAUACUUGGGGAUCUGUAAUAGUCACUGCUUCAUGGGCCCUUAAAACUACUAAUUCGCUGCUUGUACAGAAAGUGAAAAGUAGUUGGCAUUUGUAAGAAACAUCUGAAUAACAAUGGAUGUGAAGCCAGUGUAGAAGUAGUACUCGUUUUACUGAACACCAGCUUAAUUUCCUUAGGAAGGGCUCACCUCCAUUAGAAAAUGGAGCCAUCCUGUGUGAUUGCUGUAAUAGUAGGUAUUUACAGUCGACGAUCAAGUUUAAGUGCCUAAUCAAGGCAAGGGUUGCGACAGCCUGUGCUUAGCACAAGCUGAUGUGAUUUUGAGUAAUCACUAGCCUUUAAAUUGAUGGUUUGUGAGAAUCCGGCACUUAAGAUAUCAUUUCCUUCAGCUGUAGGUUCUCCUCUCCCUAGAGACAUUGGAUUUUUCAGUUUGCUAGAACAAAAACUUUAGACCUCUUCUCCUUUAAGUUGAGAGAGGCAUGAGAAGAGGAAGAGAACUUGCAUUGUCAUUUCCCAUCAGGUAAAAAUCAUAUUAAAAACUGCUUACAUGACCAGGUGACAAAUUCUGUGGUCUAAUAACCAAGUUAUUAGCCAUUUAAGCUUCUCAAUUUCAAGUAAUAUUAUUUAAUUCCAUGUAAUAAUUGAACUCUUGCCAGUGGAUGGCAGAUUUGGGGUUCCAAAAUUCCUGUGGCAGAACAGUUUUCACCUGAGUUCACAGUCUUAAAUGUCCUGAUGAUGGGGGUUCCCAGCCACAUGGGUGCUACUUUCAAGGCCAUAGAAUCCGGAGGGCUCAGUUCUCGACCCCAGAAUGAACCUUAAGCCUUAGAACAAAGUCAUGUAGACGCCCCAUUUGAUGACAUGAUUAUUCACCUGUGCUCCAGUCUGUCCCUGUUUAUGCAUGUGUUAUUGUACUGGUAACUCACAGAAUUGAUAUAUACUAUCUAGUAUUUGGGCCUGAGACUUUAAAUUUGCUCUUUAUUGUAUAUACUUGAAAAAUAGAUCCCUCUGCCCUAUCAUACAACAUAGUGCUCCUAUUCUCUGGUCUUUUCAUUUGUGUAAGUUAAAUCCCUUAAAGCAGCCAUUCAUAAAAACAUGUCAUUUACUGGAAUAUAAAAUAUUACCCAAGUUUCUUAAUGGGUUGACAUGAGCUGCUCUAAAUACUGGUAUAUCUUCAGACCAAUGGAAGUUGUGAAAAUCAGGAGGUGUGACCGAUGGUGAAGCUUACUCCCCAAAUGCCAUUUGUACAUCUGGUAUUUAGAAUGUUUCUUUAAUGUGCCUCAGUUUAUGCAUCUGUAAAAUUCUGUAUUUCUUUUCAGUGUAGUGUUUUUGGAGUAUAAGUUCCCCACACUAGUAUUUCAGCAAGGAGAAUACCCCCCUUAGGAGGCUAAGGGCGCACCAUAUUGCACCCAUUAUUAUGAUGGGACACCACUUUGAAAAUGGCCUUUUUACCUCAUAAGGCCAGAAAUUUGAUUCAUAUUCUAAGUGAGGGAAGGUUUUGGUGAAAUGAUACUAGGAUAUAUUUUCCCUAAAACAUACCUUAUUGGCAUAUAUAAUAUUAUUGCUUUUAAAUAGAAAUUUUGUCAUUUUGGCCAAAUAAAAUACACCUGAGUAGUUAUAAUUAAUUUAAAAGUGAAGGAGACAUCUAGUUAUUUUAGGCCUGGCACCAUUUUUAUUAUAUAUCUUCUCAAAAUCAAAACAUAGUGAACCUUAAUUUUCAUGUUCUUUUAAUUGUUACUCUAUUUUUUAUUAUAGUGUAUGAAGUAUUUCAUACUUGCCAUCUGACUUAAUAGAUAAAAAGACCAUACUUUAAGACUUUUUUGAAUUUAAAAAGCAUACAGGUCUUACUGUAGAGAGAAUUAAAUUAUACCAUGUAAACAUUUUGUCUUUUUAUGAAAAUAUUAAAUAUUGUAAGAAAGCUCUCUCAUUUUUAUCUUUACUAUGAUGUACUUAUUAUUAAGCAGGGAGUGAAUGAAUGUGGGUUGCUGUCAGCUAUAACCACUUCUGUGUAUCAGCAUUUAUUGACCACCUACUGUGUGCACAUCACUACUGGCAAAAUUUUUAAGGCAUUGUUAACAUUAAAGAAUAACUAUUUAAAAAUUGCCUAUGAAUCUGAGCCUUAUAAUAAUGUAUAUUUAAGUUAUUUGUUUUUAUUAUAGAUUUAUUAAAAUAAGAUUAAAAGUACACUAUUCAGCUGCAGUACUAAAAAAGACUGGUUUUAAUUUUACCACUGUGUAAACUAUAAAAGCUCUUUACCUACAGACUUUACAAGGACAUUUUAAAAUUAUCCAUGGCUGUUUUAAAUUGCCUAUAGUGAUUUAUAAGUUUGUAGUUAACUCAUUAAAGAGAAUUAUCUUUCUAUAUAAAACCAUUUUCAAAUAGCAAGAUAGUGCUUGUCUUUUUUGUUACUACAGAGUGCAAUUCAGUAAGCUGCAUGGCAAAAUGUGUAUUAUGUAAAUAAACUGGGUUUACUAAAUAUA